GCUGGGCUCGGUCUCCUUCCGCGCCGUCUCCGUCUCCGCUUCUUCUCCUCCUUCCCCGGGAAGAGGGGGCGCGCGAAGGGGGGAGGGAGGAUGCGGCGGCGUCGCUGAGGGCCGAGGAGGAGGAGGAUGCUGCUGGAGGCCCCGCGGAGGCUCAGGCGGAGGGCCCGGCGGAGGAGGAGGCAGCAGCAGCAGCAACAGCCACCGAGGGCCCAGGGCUCCCCGCGAGGAAGAAGAGGAGGAGGAAGAGGAGGAGGAAGAAGAGGCGGGGGAGGGGCGCGAGGAGGAGGAGGAGGGGGCUGCUGAGCCGCGCGCGCAGACCGCCCCCCCUUCGGACCCCCCUCAUCUCGCCCCCCCAUUGCCAGCCUUUUCCCACUGGGUCUGAUCCCCCCCCCCGCCGGAGAGAGAGAGCGAGAGAGAGAGGGCCGCCCCUCCCCCUCCCCUCCCCUCAACGCCCUCCCCCCUCCGUUCUGGCGGUGGCAAUGUGGAGACUCCAGGCAGAGAGGCUGAGUGGACUCGUCUCGGCUUUGGCGGCUCUGUGUCUCGCCUGCUGCGCCCAAAGCCCCUCCACUGGGAAUAUUUCGGUGGUGAAAGAGAUCGUGGACAAGCUGCUGAAAGGCUACGAUGUGCGACUCCGCCCAGACUUCGGAGGCAACCCUGUUACAGUUGGAAUGAGUAUCCACAUCUCAAGCAUUGAUCAGAUCUCUGAAGUUAACAUGGACUACACUAUCACCAUGUACUUCCAGCAAAGCUGGCGAGACAAACGCUUGGCCUACAGCGACCUGCCUCUCAACCUGACACUGGACAACCGUGUAGCCGACCAGCUGUGGCUCCCGGACACCUACUUCCUGAAUGACAAGAAGUCCUUCCUGCAUGGGGUGACGGUCAAGAACCGCAUGAUCCGGCUGCAUCCGGAUGGGACGGUCCUCUAUGGCCUGCGAAUCACCACCACAGCUGCUUGCAUGAUGGACCUGAGGAGGUACCCUCUCGACCAGCAGAACUGCACCCUGGAGAUUGAGAGCUAUGGCUACACAGUUGAUGACAUUGUGUUCUUCUGGCAAGGAAACAACUCAGCAGUAACUGGGAUGAAGGAUCUGGAGCUGCCCCAGUUCACCAUCAUUGAGCAGAGGCUGGUCACCAGGGAAGUUGUCUUCACCACAGGCUCCUACCUUCGAUUAUCCCUCAGUUUCCGGAUCAAGAGAAACAUUGGAUACUUCAUCCUGCAGACAUACAUGCCCUCAGUCCUCAUCACCAUCCUUUCUUGGGUCUCUUUCUGGAUCAAUUAUGACGCCUCUGCUGCCCGGGUCGCACUAGGGGUGACUACGGUGCUCACCAUGACUACCAUCAACACCCACCUGCGGGAGACUCUCCCCAAGAUCCCCUACGUCAAAGCCAUCGACGUCUAUCUCAUGGGCUGCUUCGUCUUCGUGUUCCUGGCGCUCCUGGAAUACGCCUUUGUCAACUACAUCUUCUUUGGCCGAGGCCCUCGCCAGCAGAAGAAGCAGAGCGAGCGCAUCCUCAAGGCCAACAACGAGAGGCACCGAUACGAGGAGAAACGGGUCGACCCGUACGGCAACAUCCUCCUCAGCACGCUGGAGAUGAACAAUGAGCUCCUGGCAGCAGACAUGAUGAGCGCAGUGGGAGACUCACGGAACUCUGUCAUGUCCUACGAAGGGUCAGGGAUCCAGUUCCGGAAGCCGCUGCCCCCGCGAGAUGGCUUCGGCCAUCAUCCGGCUUUGGACCGCCAUGGCCCACUGGCCGCCCACCACCACCAUGCCGCCUCUGCCAUCCGCAACCGUGCCAAUUGCCGCCUGCGCCGGCGGUCGUCAAAGCUGAAGCUCAAGAUCCCAGACCUGGCUGAUGUCAGCACCAUUGACAAGUGGUCGCGGUUCAUUUUCCCCAUCACCUUCGGGUUCUUCAACCUGGUGUACUGGUUGUACUAUGUGAAUUGACACCCGUCGCCUGCAGAGGAGAAGGGGAAAGACACUCAGACUAUGACAACACCGCAGGAGUGCUGCAGUCUUCGGGGUUUGGGUUUUUCUCUUAAUUACGGCAAUUGCUUGGUUCUCACCCCCUUCCCCUCACGCCGCUGCCCCAUCUUUGGUUGUCUUUCUCCUCUCCAUUGCUCCUGUUUUUGGCACAUGAUGUACACACAGCGUCGGUGUGAGGUAACAUGGGUUUGUGGAGGGGGGACUGGCUUUCAGGGAUCAGUGUGGGGUUUCCCCUCUCCCUCUUUUUUAUGUCUUUGCUUGAAAUGCUUCAGGGUGGGGCUUUUCCUUUCAAAAACAUGAAUCUUUGCAGCUGACGUAAGAUGUCCCAGGAGUGUGAUGGUGGCGGGGGGCUCGGUGUCCACCUUUUGCUCUCUGACCCCCUCACUUCCCACUCCUUGGUGUCAUUUUAUCCUCUUCCCAUUUGUCUCCCUGUCUCAUUUCUUCUUUUAGAAGUUCGGCCUACAUUCCCAUGUUGCAUGAGCUUUGUUUCUUUAAACCCUCUUUCUGCCUCAAAUGUAUACAAGAGCCUGUCUAAAAACCAUGAAAUGUCCAUUCUGCAUCAUCCGUCUGGGCAGAAACAGGGAACAAUGACUUGUUGGGGGGGGGGGGGGGGGGAGGUUGGGGGGAAAUCCAAGGGCCAGAGUCAAAGGCACGUUUGGGAGCUGUCUUUUCUGGCCUCUGGGCAUUCAGAGCUGUUUCCCUUUUUCCGGUGUGAAUGUCUGAACCCAUGUAUCGACGUGUGUGUGAGCUUGUUUCCAGGGAAAGAGUGGGCUUGUCAUGUCUUUUAUAAGAGGCUCUCUCUCUCUCUUUGUGAAGUAUAACUGCUAAUAGGGGUGUGGGGUGUAGGGAGUCCUGUGUGUGUAUUUGUGGUGGGAGUCUCAAAAAUGCAGGGAGCCUCAAGUCUCAGAGAGGUUCAGGCAGACAAAUGCAAUGGGAAAAGGAAGGAAAGGGAAGGAAAGGGGAUAAAAAGGGCCUGUCAUGGGGGUCCCCCGCCAGGCAGUCUGAGAAGGGGAGCCCCACAGAGACUUGGGCACGCCAAGGAAGAAAGACGCUUUGUGCCCAGCGCCCGUGGGCCAUCCUGCAGCCAGCACCCUUCAGCAAAGGAAGAUGUGUGCUUUGUACGCACCAGAAUUGCUCACUUCUUCCCCAUUUCCUGACAAGAUCGUGUGAGAUCCAGAGUCUUCAGAACAUCCAGGAGGCCUCAUGGGACAGAGGAAAGCCGAAGUAGUACCUUGGGAACUGUCAGCGGUUUUGGAAGCCAUAGCACACCUGCCUUUAGCUUCAGCCGCUCUGACCUAAAAUGCUCACCUUCUGCAAGCACCGUGUGUAAAAGAACUGAGGAGCACCAUGGGACCCCUGCAGCCCUUGUCUGCACAGCACUUGUGCCUCCAUCAAGGCCUGCUACUCCAUCUCCAGUGUUCCUUUUGCCUCCUCCAUCCCUCCUUGGUGCCAAAGGACAAGAGCUAAAGCUAGCCUCCUCAGCCAACAGAUGCAAGGCAACAGGUUGGGAACAAGCUCUUUAUGUCCAAUGCUCUUCAACCCUUGCGUGGAGGACAGCUUUUCCCAGAGAUCCUUCGUCUGGCAGGAAGAUUGCUUCCUCUCCCCCCCUUGAACCCUCUCUCGCUCUCUCUCAGUGUCUCUUUUCAGAAGCAAACAUUCUGCCGAUCAGAUCCAGCAAGAUGUUGGGGGAAUUUAUUAUUCAGAAGAAGGGACAAAAUCUCAGCAGCUGUUUUCCAGCAGAGGAGGGUGUUAACCGAUCCUUGACUACAGCCUGGUUCUGGUCAGAAGUCGCAAUGAAGAGAAGAUGCUCCUCACACUCAAUUUCCUCAGAAAGCUGAUGGCUCCAAAGCAUGCCAAGCCCCGAUGUCUGCCUUCUGCCUUUCAUCCCUCUCCUGACCCUUUUGCACACAAAGCCAAGAGGGUCCGUGCUUUCAUAUGUCUCCAAAACACGCUCACCCCUAUUGCCAUCUUGGACCAAGGAGAGGGAAUGGAACGGGAGCACCGAUCCUGUCCAGAGGCAGGCAAUGGGCUCAGCGCCAAAGGCAGGGCCCCCUUCUGCCACCUGGAUUCACAGAGACCUCAGUGAAACCUUCUGCUGGAGGAAGCUUCCGCUCACUUGCUGCCUCUACCAAAGUGCACCCCAUUUAUUUUACCCAAGGCUUCCGUCAAACAUUUGCUUGGCCAAUGUCUUGCCAGGCCAGGAGCUGCUGGGGCUCUUACUGGCUGAGCCUGGCACUUCAUCCUCUUCCAGGAGGACCUCCCGCUCUGUUUCCUUGCUCCUUGGGCACUGCGCCUUCUCCUCAGGCCAGGUUAGGGCUGGCUGCAGUUCCUCUGGCACUGCUUCUCUGCUGAGGCAACAUAGGGGUAAAGAGGGCAAAGGUCAGGUGAGUGAAGGGGAGAGGCUGGGCCCCUUGUGUUUUCAUCAUGGCAGGCUGAGCAUGCUGGGAAUCUCAGGGCAGCGCAGUGCACACACAUGCUCUAUUUUCUUUUGCUGGCACAAAACGCACCCACCACCGCCACCACCACUCAGGGACUUCUAUGCACUGGGGACACCAUCCGAUCCAUCCCUCUGCCUUGAUGCACUCCAAAUCUCCUCAGAGAUGGGUGAGCACGUUGGAAUAAGCGUGCAGAUAAAAUGCCAAGCCAGCGAGAACAUUGAAGCAGGGCGACACUGAGAAACAUGCAUAUCCACUAAAUGGGAGAUGUUCCGGAUGUGUGGGGCAAGUUGAUGUACCUGGCUGUCUUCACCAGUGGACGUGGGGCUCGAUGGUACUGAUGGAGGCCUCCAGAUGCUGGGCAAUUGGAAGAAGGCAUCAGAUAUAACAAUGGCCAGGAAGUGAGACGCCAUGUGGGUCACUUUAGUUUCUCAACACCACAGAAAGAGAUGGCACCCACCGUUUGCGGUGCCAUACAGUUCAUGGCAUCUUGGGAAGAGUGCCAUGGGAGGUGGCUGUUAUGGAAGACCAAGAGAGAGAAGUAACACUGGCAGUCUUUGUCCACCGACUGACUGCAAGUCAUGGUUAAAGGAGGAAGAGGGGAGAGACUGGCCUUAGGCCUUCAUUGUUCUUGGGGCCGAAAGGCAAGGAGCCCCAUUACAGCAGGGCAACCAGUGGUUUGGCAGCAGAGAGGCAGACCUGCUUGACAGCCAAAAGAUUCUUGGUUCAGUCCCUGGAAGUGUCUUUCUUGCCCUCACGCUUUCUCCAUCAUAUGCCCUGCAGGCGCUUCUUGCCAUUUUUGCCAAAUGUUUCCUUCUGCAAACACAGGAAACAUGCAAAGGAGAGCGGCGGGCUCCAGUCUGGUGUCCGGCAACGCAUGGCAUUGCCUCCCUGCACUACCUCCCUAAACCCACCUUUUCAGCAUUGUAUUCACAGCGAAGAAAUGAGUUCAGCGCAAGAAUAUAGUGUGAAUAUAGGUGUCCUGAUCCUCCCACCUCCAGCAGCACAGAAAUGGCCUCAAGGGCAGAUCUGGGGGCAGUUUAGGUAACCGCAUGGCUGGCAAAGCCCUCUGGUCACCACAAUGACCCAAUGGAGAGUGCUAUUAGCUGUACAUCAUAAAGUCAGGCAAAGGCUACCAUGGCAGCACAUGAGCAGGAUUCCUCUCCCUUUUCUCCAGAGGAACAAGGAAUUUUGGUGGAUGCAGGAAGAAGAGCCUCACCUUCGCUUUGCACAACCCACCCAUCUUUGCAAGAUCACAAAGCUCAGUGGAAGUUGGCUUUGGGGUGCCAAUUUCUCCCCUCCUGUGCUCUGACCUUGUUGAGCUGAACUUUGUAGAGGCAGGAGGCUCUCCAUUUGAUCUGGUCCAAAAUGUGGGGAAUGGCCCUCCUUUGAGGCCAGUCAGGUCAAGGGUUUCGGGGUGCAAGGACAGGGCCAUUUGCACAUAGCCGAGGUUGGCCCCGUGUAAACCUAUGGGUGUCUUAUCUGGUGGCUUGGCCUUUGGUUUAUUUCGCUCAGGAUAGCAAGGAGACUCCAGCAAACAGUGCCGAGUACCUUGGGAGUUUUCCUUCCAAGUCUUUCUUGUGGGUCAAACGGGCAGCCAUCGCUCAAGUGGGAAAGCGAGGCGUCAAGGCUGCUCUUGGUCCGUGGGUUGGUCAGAGGGGGAGAAGCCACUUUUGCAGAACCCACCCAUCUUUGCAAGAUGUGGGACAGAUGUGGAACCGGCUCCUGGAAGCCCCUGCCCUGAAACAGAGACUGAUGUUGCAGAACGAACUGCUGCGAAUCAUUUCUAACCUCCUCUGAGCGGUUACUUUGCAUCUUGUACAGUGUUUCCAAAUUUUUGGGGGGGGGGGGGAGCAGGAAGAACGCCCCCCCCCCCCCCCCCUUUUGGUUCUAUUUCUUUGAUUUGCAUUUUUCUGCAUGAAAUAAGUCCUGGAUCUUUGUCUCUUCUUCUUCUUCUCCUCCACAAAAUCAGAUCCUGCUUUAAAAGUGUACAAACCAGAAAAAGGAAAGAAUGUUUCUAGCAAAGUGAUUUAGGUGUAGAUUUUUUUGUAUAAAAAGGCAAGCGAAAAAAGAAGAAGAAAAAAAAAGAAAUAAAAUAACCUAAAGAGCCAUCUUUGUCUACUCUACAGGUGUGAAAAUGCGAUUGGCAGGGAGGCACUUCCUGUUCCCCAGCAGCCACUUCCCGUGAUGGAGCCGCCAAUUUGGCCCUGCUUUUGCUUGAAACGGAAGCGGCUGCUGAGGCAGGAAGUGUGGCCCACCAAUCGUGCCACGGGUGUACUUUCAAAAACUGUCUCUUAUUUAUUAUUAUUAUUAUUAUUAUUAUUAUUAUUAUUAUUAUUAUUAUUAUUAUUAUUUUCUGUUGGCUUUUUCGUGAUCCUGUUGCUUUAAAAGUAACAGUUUUUGGAAGAUGACAAUGAGCGAAUGUUUAAAAAAAUGAACUCGAAAAUAGUUUACAGUUUUGUACAAAACAUGAUCAAUAUUAACAAAAAUGUUUUUUAAAAGAUCAUAAGAGUGCCAAACAAAUAUUAAUGUGUGUACAUUCAUGUUUUUUCUUUUCUUUUUGUUUUGAAAGAGUCUUCACAGACAUACACACACACUUUCCCCCCUUUUUAAAAAAAGCAAAUGGCAAUGUACAUGGACAAAAUUGUAUUUUAAAAUUGUUAAAUAUGAAUUGGUCAGGAAAACUUUCUUGUUUUUUUUUUCUAACCCAAAAAGAAAUUACACUUUCCAAAUACAGCUUUUGGAAGACAACAUGGUCAUUUCCUUCU